AGUUCUCGAUUGUGGAAUCUUCGAAACGGGCGAUUCUUAAUGACAAGUACUGAAUCAAUGUCUACUAUGCUUACGAUAUUCAUAUCAACAAAGGUCAACAGAGGAUACAAAAGCGUCGAAGAGUGGAAACAAGAAAAAUAAGAAGAGAGACUGAUGGGAUUGAUUUGAGAACAGUCGUGAGAUUUGAAUAAAACUAACUGGUAUCUUACAAUUAUUGCAUUCGAUCAAUAAACGAUUCAAUUAAA